AUGGCCAUGGCCAAGAAGGCCCGUCAGAGAAUUAGCUAUGUUCUGGAAAAUGGCAAGUCCUCGGCCGGCGGACACCGACUCGGCGUCAACGGCCUGGCUGUAGACGCCAGCAACGGCAUCCUCUACUCCGGAGGCCGCGACGGCAUCGUCUGUGCCUGGGACCUCGAUCUGUCGACCAAACCCUCCUCCUCCUCCUCCUCCUCCUCCUCCACCACCACCACCAAUGCCUCCAAGUUUCGCGCCCAGACUCAGGCACAUAUGCACUGGAUCAACGCCAUCGCCCUCGCACAGAAUAACGCAGCCGUCGUCUCUGGCUCCUCUGACCUUUCCGUCAAGGUCUGGCGCCCGCACUCAGAAGAAAGCAGCGUCGCGCACAUCAUUGGCGAGCAUGCCGACUACGUCAAGUGUGUCGUUGCAUCUACCACCGACGUCACCUCCAACACGAUUGUUGCCGCGGGUUUGGACCGCAAGAUUUGCUGGUGGGAUCUUAACGGCAAGGGUAAAUCUCUGGAAAUCGACGUCAAAGGUGAAGAAAUUCCCGAAAAAGGCUCUGUCUAUUCCCUCGCUCUCGGCCGCAGCAUCGUCGCCAGUGGCGGUCCAGAAAAGACGAUUCGUCUUCACGACCCACGUUCCGGUGCCGAGGUUUCCAAGCUCAUGGGACAUGUCGGCAACAUUCGAUCCCUCCUCAUCGACGAUGCCGACGACACCAUCCUCAGCUCCAGUGCAGACAAGACCAUCAAGCUCUGGAGCGUGCGUGGUGGCCGUUGCAUGUACACCUUUACCAUGCAUGACGAGAGUAUCUGGUCCCUCUUCUCAAACGACCCUCGGCUGGGCAUCUUUUACAGCUCGGACCGAAACGGCAUGGUGGCCAAGACCGACAUCCGCGGCAGCUUUGACGAGGUCGACAAUGGGCUGAGCUUGGCUCUCGCUCACGAGCACAUCGGUGUGUCCAAGGUUGUGGCCUCCCAUGGCUAUUUCUGGACAGCCACAAACAGGUCGUCCAUUAACCGCUGGCGCGAUUUUGAUCUAGACCAAGAGCUACAUUUGCCACAGGACCACCGUCACAGACGAUCCGUUUCAGCCAUUUCAGCCAAGUCACGUCAAACGUCGCAUCCCAACACCAACGGCGCGAAACAAGAAAUUGACCCGCACUCUAUUCUCAAAUUAUCCACCAUGGGCAUGUUUCUGCCAAGGUCACACGCCGAUGGAGAGACUGUCAAUGACGGCCCUUCCCGCAGAGCCUCCGUUGUCCCACCGCCAGAGCCAGAGUCUGAGAUUAAGCCCAUCUUCUCUGUACCGGAGGAGACCCUUGAAGGUCGAUUUGGUCUUUUGAAACACAAGCUUCUGAACGACAGAAAACGGGUGCUCACUUUGGACACUGCUGGCGACGUGCUAUUGUGGGAUCUCAUACAGUGCAAACCCAUCCAAAGCUUUGGAAAGCAGCAUUUAGAGGAUGUUGCCGAUCUCCUCAACACAAGAGCGGCCGUCGCUCCGUGGUGCUCCGUCGAUCUGAGCUCGGGCAAUCUUACUGUAAUUUUGGAGCCCUACAAUUGCUUUGAUGCAGAAGUUUAUGCCGACGAGCUAGAUCUGGGGGAGAAGAUUGAAUUCCGGGAAGAUCAGCGAAUCAGCCUUGGACGCUGGAUUCUGCGUUAUCUGUUUGCCAACCUCAUUGAUGAAGAAAUCAAGCGAGAUGAGGCCUACCGCCACAAGAUUAAUGAAGAGGUGGAAAAGAAGAUAGCUGCAGCCGCCUCGAGUGCGCCGACGCUUAUCCCUGGGCUAGCUAAUCUUGCAGUAACAGACAACGCGGCCACUCCUCGCGCCGACGGCCUACAGCCUGCCGUGACGCCCGGUAUCGGCAUAGCUGGCACCCCUGCUGUAGCCGUUGAGUCAAGCUGCGCUUCGCAGGCUGGCCGCCCAUCUGCCGACAAAGGCGAUUACUUCACCGCCGGUAUUGCCCCUGUUGACAACACGGCAGCUGUCAAGACCCCAGCCCCGGACACUGCCGAGGGCAAGACUUCAACCGACAAUACAGAGAAGCCCAAGGAAAAGGAAAAGGAGAAGCCAGCAGAUGGUCCUAAGUCUCCCAGCACACCGUUCGGCAAGAAGUUCCGCAUGUCCUUUAGCUCCAAGAAGUUGGGGCGCUCGGCCUCGCAAGCAAUUCAGGAGAAGCCUGUCGUUGUGGAUGAAAAGGCCGUGGAAUCAGAAUCAUCUUCGAGCCACGAAAAGGAAGUGGAUGAUAGCUUCUAUGGCAUAAUUCAGAAGAUCCGCCACGAUUAUGAUAGACAGCUCACCGAGUCGCCAGACAAGCUAGUUGAGACGCGCGUCACGCCUAGUCUCCCAGCCGAUACGCCAGUGCUAAAGCUUCCACCCGGCACCAAGGUCAUCAUCCAGGAGGAGACGUCAGGAGGAAGCUCCAACGUGUACCAAGGCACCGUCGAGAGCGUCGGUCGCGACGCCGACAUCAUUGAGCAAAAGGCUCCCAUGUGGUUGGGCGAUCUCCUCCUGCAGAACCAGGUACCCUUCAAGGAGCCCGUCAAGAUCUCCUUUGUCUUGCACCCUCUUGACGGCCUCCCGCCCGUCGCGACCGAUGGCAGCAGCCGCCUCAAUGCCAACCGGAUGCUGCGCGUGAAGAAGAUCCUGGGUUACGUGGCAGAGCGCAUCGAGCCGCCACCUGGCCCCGACGACGACGACGCGGACGCGCAGAUGGAGCCCGAGGCGUACCUGGAGCUGUAUUGCAACGAGCAGCUUCUGGAACCCACGCUGACACUGGCCACGCUGCGCACGCACAUCUGGAAGGGCGGCAACGACAUUGUGCUCUACUACAAGACGAAUGGGCGGAAGACCCUGCGGCCGCUACCUGUGCCGGAGCCGGAGCAGCAGCCGGAGCAACAGUCGGAGCAGCAGCAGCCACAGGAGGCGUUGCCGAGCCCCGUGCCAGCCGCUGCGGCGUAA